AGGCAACUCGCAAGGGAGGAGUCUUUUAAAAAGCAAAGAGGUGGACAAGGUUGGAAGAGAUCUAGCGGCUGUUCAGAGGAGAGCUGAGACACCAAUGAAGCUUAACACCAGGGUAAAUAAAAAAAAAAGCUAAUUACUGAUGCUUUAGAGAAGGUCAGACGUUUUCUGACAUUAGAGACAAAGAGGGCAGAAAACAGAAAGAAACUUGUUCUACAGAGAAUCUAAAACUUCUAUUAUUGAAAUCGAACAAGACAAAUGUGGCUGUAUUAGUUUAACAUUGCAGAGUUUUGACUGCAGGAUUGGAGAAAAAGUUUGCUUGCAGUUCACUCUUUGGCUUAAACUUCAGGUCAACUUUGGCAAGAGAGACUAAGGAAAAGAAAAGGAGCUUAAAAAGAAGGGUCUGUCAGCCACAAUGAAGCUCUUUAACAAAGACCUCCGCCUUCAGGACAUCACCAUCAUGUAUUUCACCGGCCUGGCUGCCUUAAUGGUGAUCCUCGUGGCUUCGUAUCAGGCACCUUCCAACGCCGUGGACGUGUCCAGCCUUAAGCCGAGCCCCUCCAGUCCUCUGCUGCCUCUACCCAUGCCUUUCCGUAUGCCCCUGGAUCCACGCGGGGACCUCCUGCUGGCCUGGAACAUCAGUUAUGCCAGCCAGGAGGUUUACAUGCAGCUUAGGGUCGCAGAGCUCCGACACGGGGUGGUGCUGGGGAUGUCGGACCGCGGUGAGCUCACCAACGCAGACCUGGUUGUGCUGUGGGAUGCUGGGACAAAGAGCUACUUUGGGGAUGCAUGGAGUGACAGCGAAGGCCGUGUAUCACUGGACAGCCAGCAAGACUAUGAGCUUAUCGAAGCUAAACAGAAAGCUGAUGGAUUUUACCUGCUCUUCAAAAGACCCUUUAGUACCUGCGAUCCUAGAGACUACAUCAUAGAGGAAGGAACCGUGCACAUCAUCUAUGGCUUGUUGGAUCAACCUCUUGCCUCUCUUGAGGAUCUGAACCUGUCCAGGAUCCACACGGGGGUGCAGAGAAUCCUAAUGCUGCGUCCGGACACGCCGUCACCCACUCUGCCUCCGGAUGUGCAGACGUUGGACGUUCUUGCUCCAAAUGUCAUCAUACCAAACCAAGAAACUACCUACUGGUGCUUCAUCCAGAAGCUGCCGGAUGAUAUGACCAAGAACCACAUCGUCAUGUAUGAGUCCGUGAUAACGCCAGGAAACGAGGCCAUUGUGCAUCACAUUGAGGUGUUCGAGUGUGCACCGGAUCUCCGAGAGGUGCCGCAGUACAGCGGCUCCUGUGACGAUAAAAUGAAACCCAAAAACAUCAACUUCUGCCGUCAUGUGUUGGCUGCGUGGGCUAUGGGGGCUGAGGCUUUUUACUAUCCCCCUGAUGCAGGCCUGGCCAUUGGUGGACCUGGUUCCUCAAGGUUCCUUCGUCUGGAAGUCCAUUACCACAAUCCUCUUCUUAUAUCUGGCAGGCAUGAUUCAUCAGGGAUACGACUGCAUUACACUCCCAGCCUGAGGCGGUACGAUGCAGGGAUCAUGGAGCUGGGCCUAGUUUACACUCCCAUCAUGGCGAUUCCUCCGAAGCAGCAUACCUUCUAUCUCACUGGGUAUUGCACAUCCAAGUGCACCCGGACUGCUUUGCCUCCAGGAGGUAUCUAUGUAUUUGCAUCCCAGCUGCACACCCACCUGGCAGGCCGUGGGGUCAAAACAGUUCUGGUGAGGGGAGGGAAAGAGCUGGAAGUGGUACAGGAAGACCAGCACUUCAGUACAGACUACCAGACAAUCCGAGUUCUGAGGAAAAUGAUAAAUAUUUUACCAGGUGACGUCCUUAUAACAAAGUGUACUUACAACACAGAGGACAGGAGCAAGCCUACAGUGGGAGGUUUUGGCAUCAUGGAGGAGAUGUGCGUUAAUUACAUUCAUUAUUACCCUCGGACUCAACUGGAGCUCUGCAAGAGCCACGUUGACCCAGGCUACCUGCAGAAAUAUUUUAACUUCAUUAACAGGUUCCAUGGAAAUGACCAGUGUGUCUGUGGAGAUGUUGACGUGACAGAGCAGUACGCUCAGCUGCACUGGGAUGAUUUCGCUGGAGAAGUGCUGAACACUCUUUAUAACACAGCUCCCAUUUCCAUGCACUGCAAUCAGUCGACUGCACGCCUCUUUCCUGGUGAAUGGGAGAAACAGGCUUUACCAGACGUGACCUCCAUCCUGCCAAAACAUCGCUACCCCUGCGAAGGAGGUGCACAGUCUUACAAUUGAGCCGGCACAGCUCCAGUCUGAGCAGAAACUUUAUGAGCGGUUUCAGGACAGGGGAGCGGCCAAAAAGACCAAAAAGGCAUCUGUGAUGUGCUUCAGUUUGGAUUCAGUUUUAUCUCUAUAUUAGCUGCUAGACAGCCUCCAUUGCUUACCCCAACCACCCGUGUUUAUUAUCUGUGCAUAAUAAUUAAGCUAUUAACAGUCUUAUUCAGUUGUUACAUUUAAGGAAAUUAACAGAGUUCAUGUUUUACACCGGGUCUGCAGAUAAAAAUAAUAAAGUUUCUGUUAAAUUUCUCAUGAUUCUGUUUUAAUUAAUAACAAUAAAGCAAUGUUAUUUGUCAUAUAAUUUAAGUGUGAUGUGUUAAAAUAAAUAUUCUCUGUUAAAUUAAAAUGUCAGCCUUUGGGUCCACUGCAUUGCCAUAUGAGUUUCUCCUUUUGAAAAGGUUUGGUUUUGAAAAAAAAAAGAAAAAUACACAGAAUUCUUUAGUUAAAACAACCCUUUAUUAAUAAACAAAUUGUCUUAGACAUAAGUCACAAGCCUACUGUAGAUCAGCAUGAAUAAGUCGAUCCAAUUAUUUGUCUUUGCAUGUCACACUUCAUUUAAAAUUAGCACCAAAGUGAUUCUCCCCACCCACUUAGAAAGGCAUGUUCCACAAACAUCAGUUAUUUUAACCAGCACUGUUUCAAUAUUCACACAAAAAUAA